AUGAGCUUGAACUCCCCAUCACCAGAGGCAAACCACCACAUCGUCGCAGUAGAAGCAAUCCACUGCCCAAUCCCAUCAUUCGCCAUCCCGCACAAAAGAACAGUCCACAACUGGACCAACCCAUCCGAACUGUCCUCCCGCGUCAAAGACGCAACAAUAAUCAUAACGACGACAACUCGCCUGAACGCAGAUAUCCUCAGUUCAUCCAAAACGCCCCGCCUCCAAUUAAUCGUGAUCCUAGCCUCGGGCACGGACUGUGUUGAUCUGGAUGCUGCGCGCGCGCGGAAGAUCCCCGUUUGCAAUUGUCCCGGCACGAAUAUUGAUUCCGUUAGCGAGCAUGCUGUUGGUCUUUACUUUGCGCUGAGGAGGAAGGUUGUUGGGUUAAGUGGGGUUGUGCGUGGUGGGGAGGAGUGGAAGAAGACUGGUUCGUUGAAGGAUGGGAUGAAGAUGGCAGAUGGAGGUGCGCCGCUGCUUUGUUCUCAGGAGGUUGUUGGUAUUAUUGGGUAUGGGGCUCUUGGGGCGAGGAUUGGCGUUUUGAUGCGUGGGUUGGGGAUGGAGGUUAUUGUUGCUGAGAGAAGGGGGGUUCUGGAGGCGAGGGCUGGGAGGGUGUUGUUUGAGGAGGCGUUGAGGAGAGCGACUGUUUUGGUGCUUUGUUGUCCGCGGACGGCGGAGACGGCGAAUAUGAUUUCGGUGGCCGAGUUUGGGAUUAUGGAUCGGCGGGCUUUGUUGAUUAAUGUUGCGAGGGGGGGGCAUUGUGGAUGA